UGAUUUUCAGUUUUGGGUUGAGACAUGUCAGAAUUUCUCUGUCACUCCAGACUUAAAAGCGAGUGAUUCAUUAAUUUAUUUGUAGUAUUUGUGUGAAAGUUCAAUCGAUGAUGUUUGUGCGGUCUUAAAAGACAUUUUAGCAAAUAGUUCGGUUAAAACGCGACAAAUCUGUGAUUAAAAUACAUUAGUUCUUAAGUGGGCAAAGCAAAAUGAGGACUUUGUCGUCAAAGCUGUACUUCUAUGGAUUGCUGGUGUUUAUUUGUACGAAUGAGGUUUAUGCCGCUCAAAACAAUACGUCCAUCAGUCGUACAGAUGUACCAGGAUCGCGAGGCCAUUGCGUUUGGUAUGGUGAGUGCCAUCAUCAGGGCACACUUGCGCAAAAUUGCCCCUACGAUGGACCUGCGAAGCCCUUGAACACUUCGGGGGCUGAAAUUUUGAAAAAGUACUGUCCAACUAUGGAUCCCAGCAGCGUGUGCUGCGAUGAUGCCCAACUACGAACCAUGGAUAGUAGCAUUGCAUUGGCUGCCAAUUUCUUAAAAAGAUGUCCAAGUUGCAUGUCGAAUCUCGUGCAAAGCAUCUGCCAACUGACCUGUUCGCCUCACCAAUCAACAUUCAUGGACAUCAAAAAGAACAAUACUGAUACUGAGACUAAUGUCACAUAUAUAACGGAAGUGGACUAUUACAUUACCCAGCAAUAUAUGGAUAAAACGUACAACUCCUGCCAGCAGGUUUCAGUACCAGCCACCGGGCAGCUGGCCAUGGAUUUUAUGUGUGGCGAUUGGGGUGCGCUCAGAUGCACCGCAAAUCGAUGGUUCACCUACAUGGGAACCGCUGGAAACAACAGUGUUUAUGUACCGUUCCAGAUCAAUUACAUCAACUCAACUACAGCAAAAGUGGGCAACUUUACACCGAUGGAUAUAGAAAUUACUCCCUGUAAUAAACCGUUAAAUAGUGAUACACCAGCAUGUAGUUGUGUGGACUGUGAAGAUAGUUGUCCAGUGCCUCCCCCAGAUCCGCCCAAACCCCAACCCUUCCAUAUAGCAGGUUUCGAGGGCAUGAGUUUUCUCAUGUUGGUGGUUUUCGUUAUCGGAUCCAUCGUUUUUCUGCUCACCGUUUUUAUGUGUUCGGCAGGCAGAACUUUUGAUGUCAGACUGAUAAAUGAACCCGAAUGUGUCCCUGACGUUUUGUCGGAUGUUGAAUUGGAUAAUGACGCCGACGUUAGUCAAGUUGGUCUGGUUGGUCAAGGGUCCGAAGAGAUGCGCGCUGCGGUCGGUCGACGUCUCGCCUCUGCCGAGUUUCACUCGUCCCAAGUGGCACUGGGAGACGCGAGCGCAGGCGAGAACAGUCCCCUACAGAGCAGUCACAGAUCUAGUAUCACUUCUGAGCUUGAACAUGAAAUGGACAUGCACUCAGUUAGCAAAGUACCCGGAGAGUAUGACACCCCCUCGUCAUUUAUUGAAAGAUUAGGGGCAAAUACCGACUCUUGCCUGCAGAAAUUCUUCGAGAAAUGGGGCACUUUUUGCGCGGAAAGGCCAUGGUUGGUUCUCUUUUUUGGUACCUGUGUGAUUGUCGCCUUGGGUCAUGGCAUCAAAUAUUUAAAGGUCACUACUGAUCCCGUAGAACUGUGGGCCAGUCCAUCGUCUCGCAGUCGUGUAGAAAAAGAAUAUUUCGACUCCCACUUUGACCCGUUCUACCGAAAUGAACAGGUCAUCAUCCGAGCGAAAAAUCUGAAGUCUAUUAUUCAUCCAACUUCACUAGGCAAUGUCACGUUCGGGCCCGCAUUCAACGACACCUUCCUGUUGGAGGUGCUGGACCUUCAAGAGAGAAUUAAGGCCAUUGGAGGGGGUACUGACUAUGCGUACGAAAAUAUUUGCUUUGCACCUUUGAGAACUGAUGAGGAUGAAGCGUCGCUGGAUCAGUGCGCGGUUCAAAGCGUUUGGGGAUAUUUCCAGGAUAGUAUCGAAACUUUUGAAGAAACCGGAACGGAUCCAGAUCACUUUCAAAUCAAUUAUUUAGACGCUUUGUUGAAAUGCAUGUCCAAUCCUUACAAUACAGAUUGUUUUGCCUUAUAUGGAGGACCGGUUGAUCCUGCAAUUGCAUUUGGAGGUUUUCUAAAAUCGGGGGAAAACUUGCCGAAAAGCCCCAAAUAUGAAGAUGCCACAGCAGUUAUUUUGACUUUCUUGGUCAACAACUAUCAUAACAAAUCGAAAAUUGUUGCCGCCAUGGAAUGGGAAAAGCACUUUGUAGCUUUCAUGAAAAAUUACACUGAGAGCAAUGUUUCGCAGUACAUGGAUAUCGCGUUCACUAGUGAGAGAUCGAUUGAGGAUGAAUUAGAUCGGGAGUCUCAAGGAGAUGUAAUUACCAUAUUGAUUUCCUACUUGAUUAUGUUCGCGUACAUCGCCGUUUCCCUCGGCCAAGUUAACAGCUGCUCCCGACUGCUUAUUGACAGUAAAAUUACGCUUGGUUUGGGAGGAGUCAUCAUCGUUUUGGCCUCUGUGGUGUCUUCUGUAGGAUUAUUUGGAUUUGUCGGCACUCCAGCUACUCUGAUCAUCAUUGAAGUGAUUCCCUUUUUGGUGCUCGCAGUCGGAGUGGAUAAUAUCUUUAUCUUAGUGCAAACCCAUCAGCGCGAUGUUAAGAAGCCGGGAGAAACCCACGCUCAGCACAUCGGCCGUACUUUAGGCCAAGUUGGCCCAAGCAUGCUGUUGACAAGUGUUUCUGAAAGCUCCUGCUUCUUUUUGGGCAGUUUAUCAGACAUGCCAGCCGUACGAGCUUUCGCCCUCUAUGCUGGAAUGGCUCUACUUUUCGAUUUCAUUUUCCAAAUUACCUGCUUUGUUAGUUUGCUGUCUUUGGACACUAUUCGACAGAACUCCAACAGAUUUGAUAUAUUCUGCUGCUUGCGAGGGUCCAAAAAGAACGAGCCAGACAAUCUGACCAGUCAAGAAGGUUUAUUAUUUACGUUUUUUAAGUCAGUCUACGUGGGCUUCAUUAUGAAAAAGCCAAUGAGAGUGCUCAUAAUGAUCGUUUUCUUCGGCUGGUUAUGUUCCUCGAUCGCCGUGGUGCCGCACAUAGAAAUCGGUUUAGACCAAGAACUGUCCAUGCCUGAAGAUUCUUUUGUGUUGAAGUACUUCAAGUUCCUGAAAGACUACCUAAGCAUCGGACCGCCAAUGUAUUUCGUAGUGAAGAAUGGACUAAACUACUCGGAGUUUAAGGACCAGAAUUUAGUGUGCGGCGGACAGUAUUGCAAUGUGGACUCACUGAUCACCCAAGUGUACAUGGCGAGCAAAGAUCCGGAAAACACAUAUAUUGCCAAGCCAAGCAGCAGCUGGUUGGACGAUUACAUUGACUGGACGGCCAUUGAGAGCUGUUGCAAAAAACGUGUAGCUGAUGGCGGAUUUUGUCCACAUGAAAGUUACGACCCACAAUGUCAAGCGUGUGGUAUCGCCCUAAACAACAGGACACACCGGCCAAAGCCUGAAGAGUUUGAGCGAUACAUCUCGUUCUUCCUUCAGGACAAUCCGGACGCAACGUGCGCAAAGGCAGGUCACGCCGCUUACAGUCAUGCUGUUAACUAUGCGUCCAAUAGGAAAACGAAUCUGUCUAACGUGGGCGCCAGCUACUUUAUGUCGUACCACAGUAUACUGAAAACGUCAGCAGACUACUACGAAAGCAUGCGCAAAGCUAGGACUAUAUCAGCCAAUCUUACCAAAUCGGUUGGCGUUGAGGUGUUCCCAUACUCAGUGUUUUACGUGUUCUACGAACAGUAUCUCACCAUGUGGCCCGAUACGUUACAAAGCCUUGGAAUCUCUCUCCUUGCCAUAUUCCUCGCCACCUUCUUCCUGAUGGGAUUAGAUAUAUUCUCCAGUAUCGUGGUACUGAUCACAAUCACGAUGAUUCUGGUGAAUCUCGGCGGCUUGAUGUACUGGUGGCACAUCACUCUGAACGCAGUGUCGUUAGUCAAUCUGGUAAUGGCUGUGGGAAUUAGCGUGGAAUUCUGCUCCCACUUGGUACACAGUUUCUCCAUGUCAGUGAAAACGACCAGAGUGGAUAGAGCGGCCGACGCUUUGGCGAAAAUGGGCAGCUCCAUCUUUUCCGGUAUUACGCUGACAAAGUUCGGAGGAAUUAUUGUGCUGUACUUCGCCAAAUCGCAGAUUUUCCAAGUGUUCUAUUUCCGAAUGUACCUAGGAAUUGUCCUGUUUGGAGCCGCUCAUGGGCUGAUAUUUUUGCCCGUUUUACUCAGUUUUAUUGGAAGCCCCAUGAAUAAAGAGAAAUUGGCCAAGCACAGGAAUUUAAACGGGCAGCAUUUCCAGGAAACACAUUUCGGCAGAGCCUGAUGACGCAAAAGAAGAAAAUCGCGACCGUUGCGACGCGUAUGCAGUUCGCCAGCGGUUCUGUGGAAAGAUCAGGCGAACCAUCUGUCACAUCACCUCUCUUGCAACCGUCUUCAAGCAGGCAAGGUUACCACUCUAUGAUUCAAGAAGAUGACUGAUAUCUGAUAAUCAGGUAUACUAAACUGUUAGGAUCGUAUUAGUACAAAACGACAAAGUAGCCACUGUUUGCCUUAUUAGUUUAAUGUGGUGAUUUUUUUACUUAAAAACACACUUUCUCGGUUUCUACUAUUGGGAUCUGUAAAUAAAAGUAUUAUAUUCUUUAUAGUGUGAUAUGUUGUCGGUUUAUUUAUUAGAAUUGCUUCGCGGAAGAGCUAAAAUACCAACAUCUAAAUACAUAUCUGUAGUAAAAAAAUCUGUAGCUGCAGUGAAAAUAAUAAUUCAGAUGAAUAAACUGGCAAUUUUAAUUUAAUUUAGAUUGGUAAAGUACUUUUAUUCGAACCUCGAAGGCAGUCGUAGCCCUAAUUACCUAAUCAUCAUUUUAAUUUGGCUGGAUUUCAAAACGCUGGUGACUAAACCAAAUAUACACAAAUGUAAAUAUUUACCGAUAUUUUUUAGUGUAAAUGUCGCAUUAUUUUUUCUUGAUAUGGUUUUUCCAAAUGGUUCUCCUUUUCAUUCUCCACAGAAUCAGCUUAAAUGUGUGGACUUCCAACUUUUCCACGUACAAACUGUAACUCGUAUAGUUGCAUUACUAUACACGUUUUAAUUUCUUUUAACCGCUUUGUUUGUUGUGGUUAAGCCAAAAGGGUAUUUUUCAAUUGUAGAUAAAAAUUAGAUAAAUGUUUUUUUUUUAAUUUUUAAGGAAACUUAACGAUAUAUCUUUAUAAUGUUGCAAAUAAUAAUUUUAUUAGAAACUUAUUGGAAUUUGUUGAGCGUUGCUUCUAUGUUCAGUAAGAUGCUUUGAUGCGAUGACCAACUUAACUGAGCAUGGAAAUAGUUUACGAAGCAUAUAUUUGGUUGAAUUUGAACUAUUUCCCUAAAUUAAGACUGGUAUUAACUGAAGGUAUAGAUGUAAUGAAUCUUAAACAAUACGGGAGAAUUUUAAUCGUCAGUUUUCCAUUGGGAGUUCAUUAGUUGCUCGUAAUUUUAUUUAAAAAUAGCUUACACGUGUAAGUAGUUGCGUCCAAUAAUCGUAUUUGCGUUUAAACAAAUUGAACAAUAGAACAACAUACAUUAUUUUUUGUUACCGCGUUACAUUCCAUAAAAAAUUGAAACAGUGCUAUAUAUUUUUCUAUAAAGUAAGUUUGUGUAUUUCUAUUAUUUUUAGGACAAAAAGUGUACAGGUCUUUUAUGUAGAAAUAUACAUUGUGUAUUUUGUAA